GUCUGCCGAUGUUCUGUUUCGCUCGCGUGCGAGGAGGGUGAGCGGAGCUCGCGUUUGUUACGUUUCCGAAUAUUUGCCGUGGCACCAGUGGCACUUCACCAGUUCACCCUCGGCGGGCAUGUUUUGCGUUUUUGUUUCUAUGACAUGCUCGAGGGAUACUGAAAAUCCUCCCAGCGACAGGCCCUGACGGCGCGCACCGAGUGAAGCGUGCAUGCACUUUCCUUCGUGUUUGGUGCCUCCCAAAUCGAACGCAUCAUCGCUGAACCGAACGUCUCGCUUUGACGUCCAUUCAUCAUGGCUACGUCCGCCGUGGCCAUGAAAUGGCUGGAACUUCUGGAAAAGGAGUUUGACAGGGCCUACCUGGACUUGGACAUUCUUUUGGGAGAGGUGGACGAGGAGCAGUGCGACAUCACGUACGAAGCCCGGCGGAGGAUGUCUGCCCUCAGCAGCGCCUUCGCCCAGCUGUGUCACAAGGCUCAGACUGUGUUCGAAACCAACGAGAAACUGGAGUGUGAACUACAGGAGCUCAAGUCCGAUCUGUAUGAGGCGCAAUCAACUAGUGCUGUGCUGAAUAAGGAGCUUCAGCAUUUGGUGCUGCAGCUGCAUUCAGCCCAGUUGCAAGUGUCUGCGCAGAUGGGGCAUGCAGGCGACUCUACUGCAAUCAAGCAGAAACUGGAACAAGAGAUGACUAUGUACCGAAUGGACCUGGGCCGUGAGAUGCAGCUAGAGGCAGAGGUGACCCAGCUGCGCAAGGAGAAUGCUGCACUUCGCAGGGACAUUGUGUCCCUGCAGAGUGAAGUGUUUGGGGCCAAGCUGGCUGCCAAGUACCUUGACAAAGAACUGGCUGGCAGGAUCCAACAGAUACAACUGCUUGGCAGAGACCUCAACCCAAGUGAACAUGACCGGCUUUGGAAUCAGCUCGAGUCUGAGAUCCACCUGCACAGGCACAAGGCAGUAAUCCGAGCCUGCCGAGGCCGCUCCUCCAAUGCUGCUACCCUGGCUGGGCCAGAGCUUGCAAUGCCUGACGAAGGCACUCCACUGCGCCGCCACCAGGGAAUCGGGGAUGUGCGGACCGUGCGGCUGACCAAGGGCAAGGACGAGGGACUGGGAAUCUCCAUCACGGGUGGUCUAGAGCAUGGUGUUCCCAUAGUCAUUUCUGAAGUACUCCCAGACAUGCCAGCCUGGAGGAGUGGCAAGUUGUUCGUUGGAGACGCCAUCCUUGCUGCCAAUGGUAUCGACUUAAGGGAAGCAAAGCACAAUGAUGCUGUCAAGGUUCUUUCGGGCUUGCAAGGUGAGAUUACACUCAAGGUCCUGUAUGUUUCACCUGAUGAGGAAAGCGAUGAUGAGACACAAGAUAGCCAGCACCUAAGGUACCACUUCUUUUAUCCGGAAGACAUCAGUGAAACUAGCGUAGCUCCAAGUGAUGACGAAAAUGGUCUGGUGGAUCGGUCCCUGUCACGCUUUGCCACAUCACCUCACACUACACCUGCUCAUGGGGCCACUACAGCAGUACCUGGUAUUGCAGUGCCUGCUACACCUGAAGCCAGAGCGAAGUCCAACGAGAAUAUCGGCCCAGAAGCUCCACCUGAAGUCAAAGCUGUUACCCAUGCUUCUCCUUCCAAGUCAGCCACUGAAGUGAAUGGAACCACUGUCACUGAGCAAAGAGUUGUUGCUACGUGAAUGGAGCCAUUAGCUUACCACAUGCUGUGAUGAGCUUAAAAUUUUUUACAGCUUUUUUUCCUGGCGGUACAGAACAGCAGUUUUCCAACUCUCCUGCUGCUCUGUGCAGCUCACACAUGCUUGUUGUUACUAAAUUAAAAGAUUGCUUGAGUACAA